AUACUAAAACUCUGCGAUUUAAAUAAUAAAUGACUCAUUAGAUAAUUUUCCGUGUAUUUAUAAACAAUUUUCCCAAAAAAAAUUUAUAUUCACACAAUGGCUGAUCAGCAAUUAACUGACAGUAGAAAAGUGAAACAUUCUCAGAAUAGGGAUCAACAUACUUUUAAAAAAAGAAUUCCACCACGAUUUCCAAAACGUGAAAACGAUAUUUAUAUUUCAAAUAAAUCAAAUUUUAAGUCUCAAUUUGAAAAAUGUGAAAAACUUCUUGAUGGAAAUAAUAAUGAGAUAUUACUUCAUGGUCUAGGAGCAGCAAUUGAUCGUACGAUUAAUCUGGCAUUACGUUUAAAGGAAAAAUUUAUGGAUACAUGUGAAAUUGACGUUAAUACUAGCACUGUUUCAUUACAAGAUGAUUUUGAACCAACAGACGAUCAUGUAGAUUAUGAAACACAAAUACGUCAGAAUUCCGCCAUACAUAUACGAAUUUAUCGCACAAAUCUUCCAACUGAAUCAACAUCUUCAACAACUCAACAACAAUAAAUAAAUUAUUGCGAUUGAAACAUCUUCAGAGUGUGGUAACAAUGUUUUUAACAAUUGAAGAGAUUGUAUUAUGGUUACGUUUAAGUAUAUUUGAAAUAU